CUCUGCUGACCUUGCCUUUUACCACUGGGGCUUUGUCCUUAUACACGCGUUUAGUGCCUAUUCUCCCACCUGCGAUGGACAGACCAGUGAUAUAUGCUGAUUUAAACUUAUUCAGGAACUCGGGCCCUGAAAGUUCUUCACCUCGUUCUCUUCCUCGGGAUGUCUGUCAGGGUCCGACUUGGCACCCAUUUGCUCUGAAACUUGGCUGUGCUGGGAUUAUUUUUCUUGUCUUGUGUGUGAUUGGGCUGAGCGUUUCAGUGAUACCCUUAAUUAAAAAAUCAUCAAUAGAAAAUUGCAGUGUGAUUAUUCAAGAGAACAGAAAUAAAACAACAGAGAAACCGAGUCAGUUCAAGUGCCCAAUGAAUUGGCAACAAGUCCGAGAGAAAUGCUUAAUUUUUGAGACAAAUGUCAGCUCUUGGAAUAAUAGUCGAACUGACUGUUCCAGAAAAGAUUCCACUUUGCUGCUUAUUCAAGAUCAGGAAGAACUGAAACUCAUACAGAACAAGAUAAGUGACGUGGGAAUUCUAUAUUGGAUUGGAUUACGUUUUACAGAGAAGAACUGGAAGUGGAUAAAUGACUCUUUUUUACAUUCUAAUACAAUACAAGUUUUUGGUGAUGCUGAUGAAAACAGCUGUGCCUAUAUCUCAAAGACAGAACUUACUUCCGAGGACUGCGGUGCAGAAAAUAAAUGGAUCUGCCAAAUAAAGAAGUAAAACCUGU